GAUGAUCUAGAUGAUGUGUUUGGGUCCGCGCCCCCGUCUCCUACCUUUGAGCACGGGAAUCUCGAGCAUUCGGACGUCCCGCGCUUGAAGGAGAAGCAUGAGACGGAGGGUUACAGGGAUGGAGUCACGAAGGGGAAGGCGGAGAGUGUGCAGGCGGGUUUUGAUGAGGGGUAUGGACUGGGCGCUAUGCUGGGGUUGAAGAUUGGGAGGAUUUUGGGGGUGCUGGAGGGGAUUUUCAAGGCGGUGCUGAGUGCGGAGGGAGAGGAGUGGGAGGGGGAGAAGAGGAGGGUGGAGGUGGUGUCUGGGGAGGCGAAGAAGGAGUUGGGGACUGAGAGGGUGUUUGCGAGGGAGUGGUGGGGUGAGGAUGGCGUGUGGAGGUUUGAGGUUCCUGGGGAAGGGGAGGGGAUCGAGGUUGUGUUUGAGGAUGUUGCGGGGGCGCAUCCGUUGGUGAAGAAGUGGGAGGCGGUUACGGAGGAGGAGGUUAAGAGGUGGGGGUUGGAUUUGGGGAUUAUGGAUGGGGAGGAG